CGCUGUUCGCGCCUCUCUGGUCGGCAUUUUUCGGGCAGGGCGCGGAUGGAAAUGAUCCUGAGCAGGGAAGCAUGGCAUCUGAUGCCAACAUGCAAUACUAUGAGAGCUACAGGCAUUUGUACGACGCGACGACGCGGGUUCAGUUGAAGUCUAUCGAUGGUUACGAGGAUGUACUUUGUUCAUGG